AUGCCUGGAGUUGUUGGAUUUGUUGAGAUCGCUGUGGUGCUGGUGCUCACCGGCUGGUUGUUCCAUCUCGUCGAACCCGCAUUGCGUGUGUCCCUCUCUCCGACGUACGCUCCGUAUAAAUGGGUCAAAGGAAAACGAGGCUUCGGCCAAUUUUUCAAGGUGGCCUACGAAUGUGUCUUUGCUUCUGAAGGACUUUUCAGGACAUCCUAUGAGAAAGUCCGCAAAACAGCAAACGAUGUCGUCAUCGUGCCUUUUCCUCACAUACAAUCAGGCUUCCUCAUUCUGCUGCCUCUGGAUUUGAUAGAUGAGUAUGUGAAACAACCGGAAAAUGUAGUCUCGUUCAAGACGUUCGUGGCCGGUGCCAUGCACUCCAAGUAUGUGUGCUUCGGGGAGAACAUAUUGAACAACAACAUCCAGACGCCGAUUGUGCUGCGAGAGCUUAAGAGCAAGCUGGCAGACAAAAUGCCUAUGAUGAAUGAGGAGAUGGUGGGCGCCCUGGAGCACUAUGUCGGGUCAAGGAUGGAUGAGAGCGGCGUGAUGCAGAUCAACAUGUGGGACAUGGUGACCAAGCUCAUGUCGCGCUCCAGCAACAGAAUCACAUCUGGCUAUCCGCUCUGCAGGAAUCAGGAGUAUCUGGAUGCCAUGGUCCAGUACUCGGUCCAGAUGUUUUCCACAGCUGUUUAUAUUCGCUUCAUUCCUCCUUUUCUGAGACCCCUUCUGGCUCCAUUGGUCCGCCGGCCUCUGACCAAGAAGCGCGAGAUCAUCAUCAAGCAUGCAGAGCCCAUCAUCGAGGAGCGCAAGAAGAUUAUCGCGGACGCAGCUGAGAAAGGAAUUGAACCAGAGCUACCGAAUGAUCUCCUCAGUGCCUGUAUGAAGGUUGCCAUUAAAGACAAGAACCGCCAGCUCGAAUACUCAACACCUGUACUCUGCAACCGUGUCAUGAACCUCAACUUCCUGCAAUCCUACUCCAACGUUCUCAGCUUCACAAAUGUCCUGUACGACCUAGUCUCGCUGCCCAAACCCGUCUUUGAGUCCACAGUUGCAGAGAUGCGGGCCGAGAUUGUCGCGAACCUCGGCCGCGGCGAUGACUGGUCCAACGACUUCGUCAACCGACUAGACACCAUAGACGCCUUCAUCCGCGAGAGCAUCCGCUACAAUGCCAUCGGCGAGGUCGGCCUGGAGAGAACAAUCGUAAAGCCUGGAGGCUUCACUUUCUCCACCGGCGUACACGUGCCGCAGGGCGCCAUCCUUGCCUCUACGUUGCGCGUAGGCCAGCGCGACGAGAGCCUCUAUCCAGGCGGGUUCAACCCCGAGCGCGCCCUGCAGGAUCCGGCCCAUCCAAAGAUGACGGACAUUUCGCGGGAGUUUCUCAAUUUCGGCCUAGGCCGCUCUGCGUGUCCCGGGAGGUGGUUCACUGCCAACCUACUCAAACUGGCCUUCUCACACCUGCUCCUGGACUACGACUUUGACCACCUCGAGGAGCGGCCUCAGGGGGUGCGCAAGGUCACGCUGAUCGAGCCAUGUGGAACAUCGUUGGUCACAAUUAGGAAGCGCAAGGUGUCCACUGGCUAA